AGUAAAUGUGGCAAGUUAAACAACUACAAGCUUAUGGUAAAGAACGUGUGAACUCAUGCUGUCAAAAAUAUCUUGAUCAUUUCACAUCUGUUAGUCUUUUGACAUCGUUAAAAUGUCUUCAAACGAAAAAGCUCCUAAUACUCCUUUUUAUACACAAGCCUGGAGUCAUGCUACGCCAGCUGGAGAGGGAGCAACCAACAGUAACAUACCCAGACCACCAAAGGAAGUCACUGAAAGUAGAGUGUUGAACAUAGUCCGACAAAAUUGUGAAAAUAAUGGACAAAUUCAGAAUUCAGGAAAAUGUGGUAAGAUUCGAAGUUACUUUGAGUUUGAGGGAUUUCCUUUUCGAAGGAAAAAAAUAAUAAGUUGAAUAAUAAAAAUAAUUUUAGUACUAUUAAUUAGUAGGCUUCUAAAGCCAAGGGCCAAAUAUCAAUUUGUAACAACAAUAAAACUAAGGGAUUCGUAAAACUAAUUUUGGAUGAGGCUAGCCUAACUGACUUGGACUAGACUAAAACUCUUCAAGUCUAGACUAAGACUUAGGGGAAUAAAUUGUGCGAUUUUAAACUUUCAUUUAAUAAAAUGACAGAAAAUGGACAACAAAAUAACCACAAAAAAAAACUUGAAUUUGAAUAAGACCAGUAGCCAUGUCAUGUCAUGUAUAGAAUAUAAUGUAUAUAAUAUAUAAUGUAUGCAUUUGAGAGAUUGACCCUUGCCAUAACAGUACAGCAGAAAUACUGCUCAGUGCUAUAAGGCAAACGCUUUAUACAGGAUAAUGUGAUGACUACACUAUGGUAGAGAAUACCAAACAAGAAAUUUAUCAGUGGCAGCAAUUAAAAAUGGUAAACUGCACUGGGACACCUCGCGAUAAUGCGAGUAUAGACAUGGUCAUUGACUCCUAGGUCUUACUCUUAGUCAUAGUGAUUUAUAGAGAAAAACCUUGAAUGGAACCUUGAUCAUCAAUGUCAAUAGACUAGACUGAAGAUGAGGUGAAUAAGAAUAGGAUGAUCUGGACAUUUUUGGAGACGAAUUGACAUCAGCUGAUGAUACAUUAUUGGAAAGGAGGGGCAAAGGUGGUAGAUCAUAUUUUACCUUCUUGAUGAAUUUAAUACUAAUAAAAUGGAAUAUAUAAUAUAAUAGAAAAUUUAUUGUUGGUCCAUAUUGUCUAUCUCUCAAUUAUUAAAGAAUCCAAAUUUAUUUAAUUUGUAGGGAUUUUAAUAUUUAAAUUGUGUCUUUCUGUAGCUAAGCCUAAGCAGCCCUUUAACUAAUUCUACAAAAACAAAAAUUAAAUUCCAGCCAUUUUUUUUUCCAUUUAAUAACAUUUACACACGACUUAAAAGAGCCCUUGGGGUCUAUUCUGAAACCUCUUCUGUCAUCAGGGUGUUCUUCUUAAAGAAAUUGUCUACUGGUCACAGUUGUAAGCUUUAGUAACCUAUUAAUUUAUUUCAAAUUCUUCAUUAAAUUUCAUUUAAAAAAUCAAAUAUUACAAAACAAUAAUAUGGCAGGUUUGAAGCACUAAAGUUCUGGGGAAACAAGUAAAUAAUUAUACUCAAAUACGAUCACUGAUUACAUACCUUUAAUUUAUGAUGCUAAAAUAUGAGAUCACAGUCAUGGAUUGGUUUGCAUGGGAAUUUUAAGGUAGUAGAUGGUUGAGAUCUCCUGCACUUCAUAUCUAUUGUUUCCAUGAGUUUGAAAGCUUUUGGAAGAUACAUUGGUUGUUUAGUCAUAUCAUUUUUUAAGUUUUCUAGUACUGUGUGUCCUUCAUUUCCCCAUCUUACAAUAAAGGUACUUCACUAAAAAUUUCAAAGUAGUUAUUUAUUAAUGAAACUUGUACCAUUAUAAAGUCUAAGAAAGGACUCUGUAUUUCCUUUCCAUUCAAGUCCAUUGAUAGCAAGUUUAUUUUUAUAUUUUAAUUUUUUUUUUAAAGUUAUCGCAUUUUAAGUUUCAUUAUUUGGCCUUACAUAGCUUAUCUGUCCGCCUUAUUAAUUAAUUCCCUAAAAUCUGUUGUCGAAAGACAUCUUCAACAUUCGUGAUGUGUUUUCACUUUUUUGUUUGCAAAGUUAAAGUUCUGAAAGUUUCAGUGCAUUUCAAUUAGGUUUCGGGCUUUAAUAAUAAACCUUUGUGAUGUUAUUACUGCAAUAAAAAUAUAAAUUUUAUCUCUUGAGUUAAAGCCUCAAAAUUAAAAAUGGCAAUAAAUGUUUUGAUGACUGGUCUUUGAACAACAGAGGAAAUGUAAAUUUCUUUUUAAAAUUAGACAUUCAUUCAAAAGACCACAUUUUUUACUUGUAAUGUUACAGCCUUCAAAUUUUCAGCAUAGUUAAAUUAUGUAUAGGGGUGCAAUAACAGCCAUUUUAUUAUUAAUAUUGCAAUAAUUUUAUUACAAUCAUUGGGAUUUUAGCAACGGAGAGUAAGUAAAUUUAAUUUAAAAAUUUAGCCUUUUUGUGCAUUAAAAAUACAAAUUGCAUAAAUGUAAAUGGUGAAGUUAUUGCGUACAAUCAUAGUUUAUUACUAUUAAUACUGUAUAAAUAUUUCCACAGAAUAGCUUUAUGAAAUAAUUAAUAAUAAUGUAUUGUUGCAUUGAAAAAAUGCUGAUCACAAAUGUUAAAUAUGAUGAUCUAAUCCAUGAAAUUAAUGAUCCAAGUAUCCAUGCUAUUUGAAAUCCACAGUACAAAUGAUGAUAAUUAAACAUUAUAUUAGUACUUUUAUAGUUCACUUAAAGUUAAUGGCUGAAUAAAAAAAGAUACAUUUUCUUUUAUAGAAAGAUGAUGGUCAAAAGCAAUGUUUUGGCUGAGUCCAUGGCAAUUUUGAUCAAAUAUAUAACAGUAACAGUUGUAGAUACCAUUGAUAAUGAUUCACUCCAUAUCAAAGAUGAAUGGAUUUACAAAAAUGGUUACCUUUAUGUCAACAUUGUUGAUUCCACCCACAUUGAUUAUAUUUGAGUCCUGUGUGUAUAAAUUGCCAAUAAAAUGCAGUUGAUGGAGAAAAAUAUCCAAAGCUGUUAAGAUUAUGCUUUGGUGGUCCCCAUUGUGCUGGAUUGUCCAGUGGGACAUUCAGUCACAUCAGGAUGGGUCUUUGUUAAAACAGGAAAGACCAGUAAAACAACUAAAGUUGUUACAAGUAAAAUUGUUCAUGUAGACAUAUUUUGGCAGUGGAGACCGUAUUCCAGAGAAGUAUAGAGAAAAGUUUUGCUGAAGGAGCACUAUGCACAGCUGGGGAGUCAGCACUUAUAGGUAGAAGAAGCAUUAUUUUCCACUUCAUCGCUACACAAGCUCCUUGUAAUUCUGUGUGGGUCAUGUAAUCGGGACGAACUAAAAUAGAUAUAGAAAUUCAAAUUUAAUUAAAAAACAAAAUAAACACUUUAACAUAAGUAACAAAUGAUACCUUCUAUAUAACAAUUUGAGUCUCAUCUGUAUUAUUUCAUAUUCUUUAUUGUCUACCUCUUCAGAUUAUAGCCAACCCCCACCUUCUGGAAAUCAUCACCCUCAGACUCAGUCCUCUUUUCAACCAAGCCAAAAGCAACUCACACUUCCAGAAAUAAAGAGUCAGCUAUCUGCUGAUGCUAAAGUAUUUGUUCCACGGAAUCAGGUUGAGGUAUUAUGAAUUGGUAUCACUAAUACCUGUCUAAAUAGUUUGCAAAAGUCCUAGUGAAGAAGGAUGAUUUAAAAACAAUUUGCCUGAAAAUUUUUAAGCUUUUAACAAAAAGUUUUUUUAUGCAAAAUUAUCUGCGCCAAAAUAAAAAUUCUUCAUAGAAAUAUUUGUUUUAAACUAGAUGUUACAUUGAUUAGCUACUAAUAUUUUCUAACCAUUCACAAUUUGAAGGCAGAUGCUUGCUAACUACCUAACAUUGAGUUUGUUACUGCCUCUAAGCAUGGUAGAUGGUUUAUCUCCUAGUAUUUAAAUGUUUUACUUUGUUCCAAUGUCUCAAAUAAAUGAGACCAGUGGAAAUUCUUGAAGCUUUGAGCAAGAUUUAUCAAAAUUGAUAGCAAUAUUUAAUAAUUUUUUUGAAAGUGGUGAAUAAAAUAUCACUAGUGUGAAAUAAUCUGGUAUUUUAUAUAAAAAGAGUUUGGAAUAGACUAUAGAAGUGCAAUGGAGAUAAACUGGAUAUUAAGCUAAAAAUUGUUAAUCAUCUUCUAGACUGUAUACCUGCCUGAUUCCUAUGAUGACUCUCAAUACAACACAUCAGACGAUUCCUAUGGCUUGUCGGUUAGUGCUGCUGAAUUUGUGCCCCGAAGCGCUGAAGACUAUAACUCUUACAAUGAACAAUAUUAUCAAGUAUGUGUUCCAGCUAUUAAUGCUUUGUGCCACAUCUUUUAUGUGUUGCUUCUCUCAGUUUCCAUAUAAUUCUCAGAGCUUGAUCGAGAGCACUAAUUUUACAAAUUUUUAGACAUACUUUAAGUCUUAAAAUUUGUUGCUUUAAAUGAAAUUAUCAAAUAAAUACUGGAACCAUAUUUUAUAGUAACUCAUUUCAUCCUUCAUUGAAUUAUUAUAAUAAAUAUUCUAUCAGAAUUGUUGAUGCCUUUCUUUUGUCUUUUUAUGUAUAGACCAUACCCUACGAAUAUGAUGAUCCUAAUUAUGUUAUGAAUGCACUGAAUGGGCUAUCUUUGCAAGAAUAUGAGCCCAGUUCAUCUUACAAUGGGCACGGAGAGAGCACUGGCAAUGCAAUACUGGAUCGGUUCAAUCAUUGUCUUUAUGUGCUUAAUAUGCACCCUGGAAACAUGGAGGACUAUCUGCGUCCUAUUUGUGAAAUGAUUGAAAGAUCUGGAAGUACUGAAAUUGUCAAUGAAAUGGUUGAGAGUUUAUUCAAUCAGGUAAAAACCUUUUAAAAAUAUUUUUUGGCUCUUUAGAUUUUAAAUUGUAUACUUUUUUAAUAACCUUCAAAUGUAUAAGUCUAUGUCAAAAAAAUUAACUGCUUAUUUUAAAUGUUAUAUUUUCAGAGUAUACAAGAGCAAAAUUUUCGAUACACAGGGGCAAGAAUAUGCCAAUUUCUUACUAGUAACUUAAAGAGCAAUCCACUGUUUUCUGGCUUUCACAAAAUUUUCAUUAAAAGGUUUGUAAGAUACCCUCUUAUUUAAAAAAAAUUGCAAUGGAUUUUUAUUAUUUUGUUAAAGAUGGGAUGCCUUAAUAAUUUACCAAUUCACAAUGGUCUGCAUAGUUUUUUAAGCAUCUUUUUUUUUCUAUAAUUGGUAAUUAAAAAAAAUAAUUUUUUUAAAAUUCCAUUUAAUAAUUUUUUCCCACAAUACUUUGUCUGAAUGAAUAGAACACAAUCUAAAUGACUCUUUUGUGUAAUCUAUUAAUUACUUCAGAUGUCAAGUCGAAUAUGAAAAGCUAAUCCAGGGUAAUUGUUGUGACCAAGAAAGGUUACGUGGCUUGUCCAUGUUUAUGGCCGAGAUCUUUCUAAAUGUAGAGGUAAAAAAUUUCUUAAUUAAAAGAAAUUUACAUUUAAAAAUUUACUUGCACACAUUUUAAAGUAAAGUUUGUAUUACAUAUUAUUUUAAAUUUCGUUAAUUGAAAUAGUAAUUGACUUGACAAUAUUUUGUUUUAAGACUGUUAACCAAGAUGGAGCAAUUGAAAGGCUGGCUUUUCUUCCAAAAAUACUCAUACACUUUGUUCAUACUCUGCUAUCUCAACCUAAUGAUCUGAAUGUGAAGUGUUCAUGUCAGCUUCUUAAGGUAAAUAUUUAAAUAUUAAAUUUAAAAAAUACAAAUAACAAUAAUUUAUUGACAUAAAUUUCUUUUUAUGCAAUCAAUCAUUAAUUAAUGAGAAUUAAAAUUUGUAACACAUUUUGUGUAGUGCAUUUUUUUUUUUCUACUGAUUUGGUUUUUGUAAUUUCAUUGUAAAUUUACAUAUGCAUAAUUUUUGCAUUUUUUUCAUUAAGUUGUCGGGUGCAUUAAUCGACGAUGUAGUGAAGUCACAGCGUGAUCAAUGCAUUAAAUUUGAGGAAAUUUUUAUUAAGCUUCAAAAGCUCAAGUCUGAUCCUGGAUUAUCAGAGUAAGUCAUUCAUUAUAAAUAAGUUAAAAUAGAAAUUUAAAAAAUUGUUUGUGUUUUGGGGAGCAUUUAAUUUAUGUAGUUGCUUUUAAAACUUUUUUUUUUUUUUUCAUUUUGGCUGAAUGUGUAAAUUUUACACUCUCCUUUAUCUGAUUCCAUUUUCUUAUAGAAAUAAGUUUAAACAAUGUAUACUACUUAAUGCUUUAAAACUAACACCUUUUUGGUGAACAAAAUUACCCUGAUUUAAGAACUCUAUUUAGAUUGGCUAACACUUUGGAUCAGUAUUAUCAUUCAAUGUAAGUUUUGCGAGUAAACAAGAUUAUGAUUCUCUCAUUAUCAGUAAUGCUAAAUUCUUGGUGGGAAGUGUUCUAAAUCUGAAAGAAAAUGAAUGGAAUAGAAGUGUGUCAUCGCCACCAAAAAAGACCUUUCAGUUUACAACAGAUCCCAACAAUUUCCAGGUAUAAAAAUGUUAUUACUUAUUAAAAUUUACCUUAAGUUAAAAUACAUCACAAGUAAUUGCAGAUCUAUGUCAUACAAUGAGGGACAACCAAUAUUAGAAUAGGACUAAUGAAAUGCCAUUAACAAAUUUUGAAUUGCUGGAAUUUUAAGUCAUGUAAAAAAAAACAACCCAAUUAAGUUACCAGACCUGUUUACUCGUACGAUUUUGGCGUACAAUGUACGAUUUUGAGGUGUAUACAUUAUAUAUACUGAUGUUUAGUUUACUAUUAAGAUAAUGUAUUGAUUGAUUUUGUGAUAUAUUGUACGAUUUUAAGAGUUUGAGGGUAAACAGGUCUGAGUUACUGAUUUGAAAAUUUACUCCAGGUUCCUGAACCUGUUUUCUAUAACAAUGAUGGCUCAAUAUGCAGUAGGACAGAAGCAGGUUUACCAGAGGAAGAAGGUGAGGAUGGUGCCUAUGUAUUGAAUGAAGAAGAGGAGAUUGCAUUUCUUGAAUGGCAGGCUGAACAAGAAGGCUUGACAGACCAAGGACAAGGUUACUUCAAUGAUACUGGAUAUGAUUCUUACCAGUUGUGAGUGCACUGUUCAUUUUGCUGUCUGUCCAUAAAUGAAUUUUUAAUUUAGUUUAUAGACAUAGCUAUAACAAAUAAUUAGAAUCACCAACCCUGGCGUAUUUGGUGUUGACUCCUGUUUUUUUUUUUCUUGUUUGGUAUUAAUAGAACUUACUCCCACAUAGAAAGUAUUUUAAUCAGUGUUGGUUAUUAGGGAUUUAAUACGACUGUAGCUUUUAACUUAGUUCCAGGUUCUCCAGUGUAUAGACAUCCAUUCAAUUUAAACAUUUUUAUUAGAUUUGCAGAAACUUUUACCACAUUCAGGGGUGCCACUUUUCCGGGCCAUCCCGGAAUUCCGGAUUCGUGAGGCUAAAUAUUUUUCAGUUCCGGAUUCGCGAGUUUUUAUAUUCUCUCUUUCCGGAUUCGCCAGUUCAAUUUAUUCAAAUACGGAUUCUGUCUGUUUUUUGUUUUUUUAAAGAAUCAACGUGCAACAGAAUUCGCGAAAAACCAGGAAAAUUCCUUGAAAAUGGACGUUAAUCGCCGAUCUCGUCUAUUUUUAGCCUUUCUGUUGACAGAGAACUAGAGGUUUCCCCUUGCGCAUGCGCUUUACGCUACGCGUUUCGAGUACCGUAAUACUUCAAUAGACCAGAAAUAUUUAUUUUCUGUUCACGUCGCCGAUCAAGAGAUAUUUGAAGUGUUUGGGUAAGGAAAGUGUAAAAUUUAGUAAAUAUCUUUUUAAUUUAGUUUUUAAUUGUUGGGUAACCAUUAUCAUAAAAAGAAAACUACUCGUCCGAGCGCUGUCUAACAAGACUAAGCUUAGCGUACUUUGUUAUGUAGUUUUACUGUAUGCAGGCGACUUGUAUUUUUUUUUUUUAUUAGAAGAGCUAGGCGGCGUUUAACUUUUUUUAAAGACUUCUUAAGUUCACUUUACAUUUAAUUACGGAGUAAGCCUUCUAAUUUUAAAUAGGCUAAUAUGAUUAAGUUAUUUUUAUCCGUUCUGUAGAGAGCCUGACAUAACCGUAUUUAGUUAGUUUUUAUUUAUUAGUUAUGCACUCCCGUGUUCUGACUCUGGGUAUACUACUUUACGGUAAUUUGUAAUUCUACUAUUAGUAUUCAUAAUGCUCUGUAUUACCGUAGCAGUAGUGCCGUAGUUAAAUUUAAAUACUGGUAUAAUAUAGUCGAUAUUAUUAUUAUGUAUGCCUUACUAUAAACUAUAAAUCUAAUAAUAUUUUAUUUUGUUUCACUAUUCAGGAUCUAGGCUCAAUAAAAAUAUGUAAUGCCCAACAGUUAACAGUUCCUUUAACUUUAAAGAACUGAUGGGCAUUACAGUUACAGUACAGCAAUUGGCAAUCAUGAUUGAAUAAGCAUUCAAUGAAUACUAUGCUGGAAAUAUUGAUAUCAAGUAUUCAAGGGGAAAAUGUCUGAGUCAAUCAUCUUUAUCACCCAUCUUAGGUGUCCACUUUUGUAACUUCUCAAUUUAUGAAAUUUAUGUGUCAAACUAUGAAACUCUCACACUUGGGAGAUAGUAUAGACACUAAAGUGUGUUGAUUCAAACUAUCCAUUUUCAUCAUAAAGAAGACAACAUUAACUCCAUAUAUGAAAAGAUAAUUUCCAUUUGUGGUAGCUAUACUUUUGUUCUAAAAUGCCCAGAUAACUCAUUGCAAAAGUUGACUUUUCAAGUCUAAGUAAAUUGAAAAAUUGCUAUUGCUGUAAAUUUAAUAAAUACUAAUAAAUGUUUACAUGUAUACACCUUAAUUGCUUAAUUUUGUUCAUUUGUGAUGUAUCUCAAUGUUUUAUUUGAUAAUUUCAUGCUUGUUUUUAUAUUAAUCAACAAAAUGCCGCAUUGCGAUAAUCAGGAAUUUUGAGUUUCAUUAAGUUUCAGGGAUUGAAAAAUUUGUAAAUGAAGUUUCAGGUUUCAAGAAAUUUUUAGAAAGGGAUUUCAGGGUUCACAGCUUUCAGUGAGUGGCACCCCUGACCACAUUUCAAUAUUUAAUUUCCUAAUACAAAUAACAUGGUCGAGAUCUAUUUUACAAAAUUUUCUACACUUAAUAGCUAUCAUUACCCUCUUGUCACUUGAUGUUUCCUGAAGCCACCAUAGCCCUCCUUAAUCUUGUGGAAAAGAGGAGGAGGGGUCGGGGUUGCCCACUUUAUAAAUAAAAUAAAAUUAUUAUAACGUGUCUGAUUUAAUAGCAAAGUAAUGAUUAUAGUUAAAGCAUUAGAAUGGGAAAUAUAUACAUUUUUAAAAGAUAAAUGAUAUAGCUUAUGCAGUAAGAAUAACAUAGAUGUUUGCUUUCAGUUUUAAUUCCCUGCCACAAAAUACUUUUCAUUCCAUUAUUUGACAUCAUUUUCAGUUAAGAUCACUCCUCUCAAUGAGCCUAUCAUUGUCUUGUUCCAGCUAGUCUGAAUCGGAGUGAAAUAAAUCUUAAGAUUCUUGGAAGUUCAAGAAAUUUUAUGUUAUACCAUAUCUUUUUUUACCACUCUGAAACAUUAUCUAAUUUUAUUUUCUCGCGAUGAACAUCAUUAGUUUUAUAGCUUAAAAUGCAGAGGAAUGGCUGGAACAAUCCUUUCAUGAGCAAGAACGUUUUUAUAAUAUAUUUUAUGAUAUAUAAAGGCUAUUUAGGGUCAAAGAGAUGCAUGGGAAUAAGCGUCUUUAUCUACUUUUAGUUUUGUCCACAUCAGAGCAACAAAAAUGAAAAAAAAAUGCCAUUUGGCUUGCAUCAUAAAAGUGCUUAAAGGUUUAUUUUCUAUACCAAAAACCUUUAAUGUUGGAAGGGCAGGGGAAUCUUGAGUGUUGUGAAUUAACAAACUACUUUCCAAAAGUCUUUUUUUAAGUUCCUUUUUUUUCAGGUCAAUUAAAUUAUAACCCUGUUUACUUUUAUGAUUUUGGUGUACAAUUUUGAUUGAGACAUGUCAGAACUAAGAUUUAACCGGAGACUGGGUUUUAAAAAAAAAAUAUACAUAUACUCGUGGUUUUUAUGAUUUUAAAAAACAAAUAAAUCAGUGUUUUCAGUUCUUAGUUUUAGCUCCUUUCUACAUCUAGCGUUGUAUGGUCAAAGAAAUACGAUUGGCUGGGGACAAUCCCUAAUAAUAAUAAUACGUAAGCACUGCAAGGGGAAAGUGGCUGGUGACUUGGAAGUGGAUAGGAAGGGUAGAUGGUGGCGUCUAAAUAUACAUUUAAGCCUAUAAAAUAACGCCUCCAUGUUUCGAAGUGAUUGUCAUAUUGUUGUUUUGUGUUUUCACAAUGAAUUUACUAGAUACAUGAACAGUAAUAUUUAGUAUAUUUGCCUUAGUGAUUCUCUUCCCUUUUCCCAAUAAAGCCUGGGGUAGUUAUUAGACAACAAAAAAAAAAAUUUGAUGGAAAAUAAAAUCAGGUUUCUAGACUUAAUGCAGGGAUGGUUAACACGUGGCCCACCACAUUAAAUAUAGUGGCCCACCAGAUGUAUCAAAAAAUGAACUUAUUUCUUCAUUCAGUUUCAUUUUUUUGCAUAGAGCAUGUUUGAAAAAUAUAUAUAAAUUUUUUUUCUUUUGUCGGCACACACCAUUUUGGUGUACCUGCUUCUAUUUUGGACUGAACUAAAAAGUAUAUUGAAAUAAGCAAUAAAUUAUAAAAAUCUUUUUACUAUUUAGUAUCUACCCGGUACUAAAAUUUAAAGAUUUAUAUAAUCACAGCUGGGUAAAGUGUAACUUAUUUUCUCACAAGCAUUUUGAUUAAGUGUAGAAUGAUGCAAAAGUAUAUUCAAAAGUGCUUCACUCCAUUUUGAAUUUUUACAACAUUUCUAGGAAGUGGGGCUUUGCCUUCUUCUCAAAUCUCAGCUCCACUUGGGUGAUUUGGGUGGGUGUCCUUAAUGUUCACUCCCCCAAAACAUCUAUCAAAUGGGCAAAUAACAGGGCACCUAAUUAUUUGCAAUAAUGCACUGUAUGUAAAUAAAGUCAAUGUGCUUCUUUGAGAAGUGACCUUUAUUAGACUGGAUGCUGAUAGUUAUUGUAUACAUUAUACUAUAUGUUUAUUUACUAUUAUUAUAGGAUAUUGUACAAUUUUGAGAUAGUAAAGUACUAUUCUGAGAGUGAAUCAUACUAUUUUGGGAGUUCUAGUGUAAUCUAGUCUGCAUUUGGAAGCAUCCAUCUUAUCCCCCCUCCCCCCCCCCACCACAUUCUGCAUUUACUCGAAACUGUAUGGAAUGAGUUAAAAUAGUUUUAUGCAAUUUAGCAAUCAUCAUAUUUCAGCUUGAUUUUGAAACCAUUUAAAGGAUGAAAUAUUUGUCCUAAUUCAUGGGAUUCUUAUUGUUGCAUCUUUCUCCAUAUUCUCUUGUCCAUUGAUUUAUUCAACUCUAUAAAUAUUAAUUGAAUCAUGUUAAUAAGUCAUUAUAAUUUAAAUGAUUGUACACAUUUCAAUAUCAAAUCUGAAAGUAGAUAGACUUUUACUUUCAUUGUGGUAUUGUUGUGAUCAUCUGAUUUAAACAGAGUAUCUUCAUUAUUUGUUAUGUACAGCCUCUUGCAAUUUUACAGAGAUGAAGGGGUUGAUGAUGGAGGGAUGGGAGAUGAGGUAGAGGCAGCCUAUGAAGAGUUUCUUCAGGAGCAGAGUAAUUACAUUCAAGGUUAUCAGUCUAAUCAGACGGGGCAUUCUAUUCCACCACCUCAGCAACAGAUAAUGACACAACCCAUGACUCACCCAAUGUAUCAGGUGAGUCUGUUGAAUAAGACACCUGGUUAAUAUUUCUUCCUCAAGGAUUUCAACCCUUUGAAUCCUGGAUUCCUCCCCACUUAAAUCCCAAUUCCCCUGUACUCAUGCAAAAAUUCACACAAAAUUUGAUCCUGGGGAUAAAAUAUAAGAUGCCUUUUAUUGAUUUUGUAAAUGUUUUAAAAUAUAGUUUAUCACCAAAAAUUUUGUUUUGUAUCCCAGUCCUCCCAGCAUGUAGAACCUUAUUUUAGGCAGCUGUAACUUUUGAACAUUUUGCACCAAAAUUUUAUUUGCCCCUUUUUUUAUUGGGUCUGUGUUGGAAAGUCACUGAAAUGUCUACUUGACUUCAUAACACAAACAACACACAUGUUGUUUCCUGUAGCUUUUACCCACAUUGAGUAGCCUGUCAUAGCUAUCAACAAGACUGUUAUUUCUCUGCCAUCCAAUCACCAAUGAGUGGCAAACUUAUCUAAUUUCAUUCAUGAACAUUCCAAAUGAUCUGAAUCAUUUCCAGUAUUUUUGUGAGAGUUGUAGUUGUGUAUAAGAACAUAGAAAUUAUUGCAGGCCCUCAUAUGAUGAGGCCAAUGAUAAUGCAGGCGGUUUUGUUGAGUCAAUAAACUUGAUCAUUCACAUCACAAACACCCAUGAUUUUAGUGUAGUCCAUACAAUUUUUGUGUUAGAACACCUACUGUAGUUCCAUCUUUAUUUCUUCUUUUUAGAAUUUGUAUAUCAGUUGGGUUGUGAUAAGUAGAAAUAAAUUGUACGGGUCUUUGGUCCAUCCAGACAAGACAGUGUUAUUGUGGCCAAAAGACUGAUUGGCCAUGAACCCUUUUUUUUUGCUAGCUAUUUCAGCACCAACCUUGGAAACACAUCCUCUAAUUUUCCUUUGUAUAUUUCUAAAUUUAAAAUAUAUUCAGUCAGCUUCUUAAGCCAUGUUGGCCAUAUCCUCCAUUUAUUUGGUAUUGAUUCUGAUAUAUUGUUUGAACUUAAGUCUUCAUUUAGAUGGGAUCAUUCUUUUGUUUUAAGUUCAAAUGUUGGGAUAGAGAAUAAUAAUGUCUAAACUUUGGCAGUUUAUUAAUUUUGUCCAGAUCUAAGGUGUGUGUGUGAGACGGGAAUAUAUGUCUUGUGGGGUAUGGAUUUUUAACACACAGACCAGUGUGGGAUAUGGGCUCAAAGGGUUAUAACUUCUGUAUAUCAGACCCGUUUACUCUUAUGAUUUUGGCAUACUAUGCACAAACCUGCGUGGGGGAGGGGGGGGGCUAGUUGGUUUAAGAUCUACAUACUAAUGCACAAGCCUUUUUUAGUAAAUAAAGAAAUAUAAAGUUACCUCCAUUGUCUUUGAAGAGUCCACAGAACAUGAGGAAAACUUUACUGGAAAUUUUGUUUUCAUAUGUAUGCAGGCUGCUAAGAGUUCAGUUUUAAAUAAAGUUUUCCAGCAUAUUCCUAAUGGCCUUUUUGGACUUGUCCAACAGCUCUUUGGACAACUGAAGGUUAGCAUUGCAACUGAUUUUAGUUACAAGCAAGUUAGAAAGAGUAUCAACUUUCAUUCUUGCCCUUGUUUCAUUGUAAUUUUUCUUCACAAUAUACUAGCAAUCUGCGAGUCUGGAGACAUUUCUUUAAUUCUGGCAUUAAUACGAUCAGAGUUGGCUGGAGAAAUAUUUCCUUCAAUAGGAAAGGUCGUAAAUGAAGCUUCCGAUCUGAUAACUGAAUCAUCUGAUUCCUUAGCAAAGAAAUUAGACAUGGAUGUCGUAGAUUCACUAAUUUUAGCUGCAGUUGUAUGUUUUUUGGGGUUAAAAUAUGUUCAUUAAUACCCACUACUUUCACUAGAUUUUUCCAUUUAAGAAAAGCUGAAACAAACAAAAAAGAGUCAUAACACAACUGAAUUGUGUUCUAGCCUAGUAAAAGGAUGAAUCAUGAUAGAAACAAUUGAUGAUUGAAGUAUAAUUUGGAGAUCACGGUUCUCUACAAUAAAAACAAGGCAGUCUUUAUACGUCCUGCGAUCAGACAAAUAGUGCAGGAGUUAUUCAUUUGGUGGGCAUGUCAUGCUUUAUUUAACAUUGUCACUUUUUAAAAAAAUUUUCAUUAUAUAUACCAGCAAUGGUUUUAGUAUUUCUUUUGUAGAAUUGAAAGUAUUUCUUUUUCAUGUAAAUAUCCAGACUAUCUUGAAUUUGUUCAAAUGAAGUACCCUAAACUCUGAUAGACUAUUAGCGGUCAGGUGACGAGGCUGAUGGACAAGCAUCUCAUGCAACUUUGUUACGGCGGUCAUGUAACUUGGUCGAAUAUAUUUUAGCUGGACGAAUAUCUCGAGAACUUAUUCGUCCGGUCGCCGGACAUUAGACACUUUGUAAAAACAAGGAAGUGGCAUCAACGAAAUGCACCACUUCCUGUCAUACCUUUUUUUUUUUUUCGUCGCUUUUGUAUUUUUGUGAUGGGUGAAAAAUUAUCAUGUUAGGGGAAAAUAGGAAUUUUUAGGGGUUUGUCGGAAUGAGGGGUAAAAAAUCCAUAUAAUUCGUCAAAAUCGGAACGGUUCACAGGUCUGUAUAUAUGUUUUUGAGACAUCUUGUACGAUUGUUAACUAUAAUUAUAUUAUAUUUUCUCUGAGAGGGGAAUGGCAUAGUAGUCUGUACAAUUACAACUGCCACAUUUUCGUAAUGACAGUGGUGAUGGUCAUAUUGUUGCUUUAUAUUUUCAAAUGAAAUCGCUAGACAUGGCAACAGCAAUAAAAGGGUAGUAACCCUAGGCCCUACUGACAAUUUUAGUCAAUUAGCAGCAAUCCAUAUAGUACCUACACAGUGACUGGGGAAGUGGGGAGUGGUAUUAAAUUUUGAAACAAUAUUAGGAGUUGAGAGUAAACAGGUCUUGUAUAUGUGAAGUUUAAAAAUCUAUAUUAUAAGUUAAAUCUGCAUUUAAAUAUGUGUGUCUUUGUAUAAAUAUAUAUAUAUAUAUGUAUUUUUUGUAUAUAUUUAUUAACAGUGAAGUGUUGGAAAAUUGUAAUUGAAUAUUAUUUGGCAUUCCAGUUAUUUAAAAAAAAAACAUGGAGGUAUUACAGGAAUUUUUAUCUUGUGCCAUAACAUAAAUUAAUCAAGGUUUUAUUUUUUCCUUCCACUACUACACAGCAACAGGGGCUGAAUCAGAACUACUACGGCAUGAUACCCCCACCAUCAAAUCAACAGCAGCAACAUAUGCAUGCUACAAUGAUGCAGCCCAACCAGUUGCCCCAUCAAGAUCAGCAACAUCCACCACAACAGUAUCCAUACAAUGGUGACAACAGCUAUUACCGGUGAUAGAGGCAGGUGAUAAAAAAAACGUGUGCUUGUUUUUUAUGCUCAAACAAGAGAAAAUAAAAAAAUACCUAAGCUUUUUAUGUUUAAAUGCUCUUUUUAAGUUUUCUCCUUUGCAUGUUCAGAUAAGUUUUAUGUGCAUUCUUCUUAUUAUAUUUCAGUUUUUUUGGGUCCUUUAUUAUGUUUCUAAUUUUGUUGUUAUGCUCUCAGAACUUGAAGUUAAUUGAUGCAGUUGUUGGCAGUAAGCCUUUUGGAUGCUAGGACUGAAAGAAAAGGUUGAGUUUAUAAAGAGGAUAACGCACAUUCAAGUAAUAACACUAAUAACAGCAAUAACUUGUCAUGUUUGUGAAACUUGAGCCGUGUGCAGAUUAGAUUUACUGGCUAACCCAUUUCUUUCUCUGAUUUGGUUGGCUGAGCCCUGUCACUAGUAAACAUUGUAUAUCAAAAGCUGUCAUACAUUUCUAUUUUUUAGCACAUGUUUUCAAAGUCAUUACAAAGGUACAAGCGUAAUUUUCCUUUAUUAUUAUAAUGCAUUGAAUAAAUACAUUUUUAUUGAUGGUGAUUAGUUUCAAAGACAGAUAUUGCAUUGGGUGAAUUCUUUUUUUUGCUCCCUUAAUUUUACAAAACAAACCCCAACAGCAUUUAGAAUAAAAGGUAGUUUUAUUUAUAUUUAGCAUUAUGUUUUUCUUGACUUUUCUAAGCGUAAAGCAAACAAAAGACAAUAUUUGAACAACAUAUUUAAUCCAUGAUUCAUUUAGCUCUUUAAAGGUUGGUUGUUUCUCCAAUUUAAAAAAAAAAUUUUGGCAUUCAGUGAAUGAAUUGAAAGCAGUCACAGAUUUAAUUUUUAAAUUCAUUAUUUGUGAUGCACUAGUGUUAAAGAUAAGCACAGAUUAUUAAAAGUGACAUUUUGUUUAGAGACUGAUAAAGUAGGAAAAAAAGGGAACAAUCCCUAAAAAUUAACUAAUAAUUUCUCUUGUUGGUGCAUUUUCAAAAAAAAAAAGAUAGUUAUUUACAAUAAUUUCUUUUAAAAUUUAUAGGUGUCACUAUUUGCAGAGGUGUUCAAAUUUGUUCUUGCAUAGUCACAUAAUCUUUUAUGAGUUACAGCUUUUAAUUUUUAAAACAUCUAUAUUUCAAAGCACUAUUACACGUGCGCCCCCCCCCCCUUUUCUGUUUUAUUAAAUUUUGCUUUAUAACAAUUUCGAUCAACUUCAAAAAAUUAUUUUGAUACAAAUAUAUUUUCAGCCUUAGAUAUUUUCUUGUUAAAUUUAUAAAAAUAGAACUCUUACUUAAUCUUAAUCAAUAAAGUUAAAUGAUUUCAUUAAAAAAUUUUUUUUUUUAUAUAUAUAGUUAAUUCUCACAAUGCGCUCAAUAUUUUUUCUUCUUCCAGAUUUUAAAAUUUAAUUGUACAGGAUGCAUGCAUGCUUGCAAUUACUGUGUGUGCAUGUUAAUAUCAGGCUGAUAAAAUAGUUGACUGCUUACCAUGGUAUUUAAAAUUUACUUAUGUUUGAAAUUCCCAGAAGAAGUUUUGUCUUAUUUAACUUCUUUUCAUUCAAGUUGUAAUUUUCAGAAUCUUAAUUAUUUAGAAUAUAUAUUCAGGAUUUGAUGACAAUAUUAGAAGUGUUUUAAUGUUAUAAAUAAGAUUAAGUGGUGUUAUCUAAUAUUAAAUCUAAAAUGAGGUACAAUUUAAAAGGUAGCCCUGAAUAAGUUUUUAAAAAACUUUUAUGCUGUCUCAGAGCGUGAUAUCAGUUAGGUUAGGUUAAUCAUGUCAAACCCAGUUGGAGAUAAGACAAAGUUUUGAAAACAAAUUCCACACAAAAUGGGAAGAGGGGUUACAUUUACUUAGAUAGUAAGAUAACAACUAGCUUAGUUUAAUAAUAAAGAUCUAUUUCAAGAAUCAUCACCAUUGGUCUUUUCCCUAUAAGAAUUCAUAAAGGCUUCUCAACACACACUGAUUACUACUACUUGUAGUCAGUUUAAAAUUAUACCUAACAUUAAAAAGUCUUUUUCAUCGUUUAUGUUUAAAAUUUGCAUUAUUCUUUUUAAAAAUUUCUCCCAUAUAUAACAACUCCAAAUAUAAAACUGAAAAAAAAAAAACAACCUUGAAUAAUUGCAUUGCCCUGUCAUGUUAAUGUGUGAUUUCAACACGUCUCUCCCUUGGAUUUGAAAGGAAAGUAAUGUCAAAUGAGGGUUUUUUCCUAUAGUGAUUAAUGUAAUUAUACAAUCAAAUGAAAUUACAUCACAAAGAAAAAGCUAUAUGAAUUAGAAAUCUCUACAAAUCAUAAAUCUUAAUCAUAGGGAUGUGGUAGUUUUAGUGGUAAUGUUUUUUAAAAUGUUAGUUUGCAAUUUAAAAAUCUUUUGUUUUUCUGCAUCAUUUUAUUCCAUGCUAAAUACUGAAUAAUUCUCUGAGCUGAGGGUAACUUUCUAUUUAGUACUGUUUGUUCCAAUGGUUUGUAAGAAUCUGUUAUGUCAUGUAACCCAUUCAUAAAACUAUGGCCAUAUGCUGAACACAGCUUAUUUACAUCUGUGAUAUUACAUUGUUGCAUUUAUUUUAAAAAGUCAGGUCUGUAGAAAACAAAAGCAGCAUUUACAAUAUAUUGAUGGUUAAGAGAUAUAUACAUCAAUUUUAUUUUUUCUAU